CUUUGAACUUUGAAGGCUUUGACCGUCGUGCAGACUGAAGUUGUCCAGCUGUGAACUGCGUGAAUUCGUUGCUGUCAUGCUGUCAUCUUCAUGGACAGCAAACUGAUCUUCAAAGGCUGGUUGUCGGUAGUGCUCUGAUCGUGACUUGUGGCAAGGAAAAACGAACCUCAAACUCAAAAGAACGACUGACCCGACUUCCGCCUUGAGGACAGCGAUCAUGCCUGCCGCUUGCGACGUGGUGCUUUCAGAGCUGCUUUGUCAAAGACUCCUAAAGCACCCACAUAGCUCAAGUCCAACGCUCGGCUAUGUGUUUGGCCACAUCUCCAAGAAAGGCAUCCGGUGCAUAGGAUGUGCUGUGCAGAAUGAUGGAGUCGUGCGGUCAUUCGGGUACUCCGUGGUUGGAGUGUUCUGUCUCUCAAGCAGUCUCUCGGACAACGAGGUUUACGAACUCUGCCACCCACUUGUGCUCAAGUACCAGCAGGAAGGUACCAUGGGGAGCAACCUUGAAGUGGCUGUUGUUCUUCAUACAGAUAAGAGCAAGACAGCUGUUUCAACCCAGCUUGUCUCUCUCGAAGCAGACUGUCCUCUGGAACCCAAAUCAGUCUCUGUAGUGCCAGAUGUGCAUGUUGGCACAUGCACACUUCGAGCUCGUGCUUCUCUGGUGAUGUCUUUUGAGAUGGACCCUGACCCCAAGUUCCUGCUAAAAAAUUUGGAAGUGGCUGCAUCACGGAUCAAACGCUGUCUAGCGGCUGAUGUGCUCGCAUUCCAAUUGGACGGCAAUGGCGUGCUCAUGCGACGCAGCUCUCCUGAAAAAGCGCUGUCUGAUUUGGUCGACCAAUCGGGUGAUGGAAGUAAACAGCGGCGCCUGAAGAACAGUCAGGGGAUCCUUAGCUUUGCCGUUCUGGUGCAGUGCACAGGAGAAGCUGCAGUGGAUGCAUGUGGAAAAUCCUGCACACCUGUCAUCCAUUACCAGAGAAGGGUGUUUCAGAGUGGCUCAGUGGUGCUGCCUUUGGAUGUUGUGGCCACUGUGGGAGUGGACGAUCCUGUCCUCGACAUUGUCGACCUGCUGGCCCAAGAGUUGGCCAACCAGGUGGACCAAUUGGUGUGCUGCAUGGCACGCUUUUCUAAGGGUGGCAGCUUAUGUAGUGCACAACCGUUCCACUACUGGCCUGCUGAAUGUGGUCACUGGGUCACCAUAGUCUACCCUGAUGGCAUCUCCCAGGAGAACCUGUUGCCUUGCCGUCGUCAGCUGCAUCGGCUGCUCCUUCUGCCUGAGGACAGGCCACAAUUUCGCAAGUCCAAUGUCUAUGCAUUCCCUGAUGACCUGGCAUCCGACCCUUAUCUUCGCAAUGUACAUGUUGGCCUCAACCCCCCAGCAGGAUGUGAAGUGCGGCUGGUGUUUGGCCAGUACAGGUACCGGCACUACCAACAGGAUCGGAUGGAUGACAAUGGUUGGGGCUGCGCCUACCGUUCACUGCAGACAGUCAUCUCCUGGUUCCAGCUGCAAGGGUACACUGAGUGCGCCACUCCCACCCACCGUGAAAUACAACAGAUACUGGUGGACAUUGGAGACAAGCCUCCUUCAUUUGUUGGCUCAAAACAGUGGAUUGGCUCCCAAGAGGUUGGCUACUGUCUCAACAAGCUACUCGGCGUGGAAUGUCGAACUAUGUUUGUGAGCUCUGGCGCUGAACUGCCAACCAAGAGUCGUGAACUUCUGGCACACUUUGAGAAACAUGGCACUCCGGUUAUGAUUGGAGGUGGGAUGCUGGCGCACACUAUCAUCGGAAUAGCUUUCGAUAGCAAAACGGGUGAGGCACACUACCUAGUACUUGAUCCACACUACACGGGUGGCGAGGAUCUGUCAACUGUGCAGAAUAAGGGCUGGUGUGGCUGGAAAGGAGCAAACUUCUGGGACCAGAACUCCUUUUACAACCUGUGCCUGCCACAGCGACCUGUAGAUAUCUGAGCUUAUCUCUGAAAAAUAACAAGCGCCUUUGAUAUUUGUU